AGAUUUUUUUUCCGGUAUGAACAUUUGCAGCUCACGCAAACAACAAAUAGACUCAAAUCAAAAGCCCCAUCAUCAAUCUCCUUUCCUCUGUAAGUACCAAAUGGAUUCCCAGCUCCCCCUCCCCCAUGAGAGGAGUCCUGCUGCCACCCUUUGGCUUCUUCACCGAAUCACCGCCAUUGCUCUUGUCGCCUGCCUCAUUUCCGGUGCGCAAGGGGCUCUUGGGAAUGAGACCGACCGACUUGCUCUAGUGGAAUUCGAGGCAAAUAUUGUUGACCCCCUCGGGGUCUUGAGCUCAUGGAACUCCAGCCACCAUUUCUGUCAGUGGUUCGGAGUUACUUGUGGCCAAAGACACCAGAGAGUCACCCGGUUAGAAUUGUAUUCCCAAGACCUAUCGGGGACUAUAUCCCCUUAUAUUGGGAACCUGAGCUUCCUGAGGGUGCUCAAUCUCAAAAACAACAGCUUCCAGUCGACGGUUCCCCUCGAAGUCAGUCAUUUGUCGAGGUUGCGCACUCUGUUCCUCAAUAACAACUCGCUCAGCGGAACGAUUCCUCCAAGCCUGUCCAAUUGCUCCAAUCUCGUCAACAUCGACCUCAGUAAUAACAUCCUAGAAGGGCAGCUACCGUUAGAUCUUGGCUCCUUGUCCAAGCUCAAAUGGCUCAGAGCUCAGUACAAUGAGUUGAACGGGGUGAUCCCGGCUUCAGUUGGAAACUUGACAUCUCUAGAGUCCUUUUAUUUGGAAAAUAACAAGUUUGAGGGUAAGAUUCCAGAUACUCUGGGCAACUUGAGAAACUUGAGGGUUCUUUCUCUUUGGGAUAGUAAUUUAGUGGGCAAUAUCCCUUCAUCAGUCACCAACAUUUCUUCCAUGGAAAUUCUUGAUGUGAGUGGUAACCGAUUAGCGGGUACCUUGCCAUUGGACUUGGACAUCACUCUUCCAAAUAUCCAAUUUUUCUCUAUUGCCAUAAACCAGUUCUUCGGACCUAUCCCCAGAUCCAUAUCCAACAUGUCUCAGCUAACUCAUUUUCAAAUUGGAUUCAAUAAUUUCACAGGGGAUGUGCCAUCUUUCCAAAAGAUGAGUAACCUCUUCGCUUUCUAUGUGCGUAAUAGUUAUCUAGGAAGUGGGCAGGCUAAUGACAUCGACUUCCUCUGCUCAUUGACGAAUUCCACAGCUCUUGUUAAUAUAGAUAUAGGUCGGAACAAUUUCGGAGGGGCAAUACCCAGAUGCAUCGGUAACCUGUCCAUCACUCUGGGCAUGAUCGGGUUGGAUCACAAUGCUUUAUCUGGAACCAUGCCGAGUAGCAUUGGGAAUCUCAUAAAUCUGGAGUUUUUGGACGUAUCGUUCAACAAGAUUUCAGGUACCAUUCCUCCUGAAAUUGGAAACCUUAAAAAGAUGAACCAAUUGGAUCUUGGAUUCUGUGAGUUCACUGGGCAGAUUCCACACACCUUUGGGAAUUUGACAAUGUUGACUCUCCUCCAUUUAAGCAGGAAUAGUCUUCAGGGGACCAUACCUUCGUCUUUGGGCAACUGUCAGAGAUUAUUAUUAGUAGAUCUUGCAAAUAACAAGCUUGCUGGUGUCAUACCCCCUGAGAUUAUGAGCCUCUCUUCUCUAUCAAUCUAUGUCAACUUCUCGGACAACUAUUUGGCCGGAGAGCUUCCCAAGGAAAUUGGAAACCUGAAAAAUCUCGGUGCACUGAAUCUCUCUGGGAACAACUUGUCAGGAGAAAUCCCAAGUAGUCUGGGUAGCUGUAUAUCAAUGGAGUAUUUAUACAUGCAGGAAAACAUGUUUACAGGUCCCAUCCCUUCAACUCUGAGUUCCUUGAGCGGGAUUUCUGUAUUGAACCUCUCCCACAACAGGCUCUCCGGUCAAAUUCCUGAGUUCUUGAAGGACCUUAAUCUUGCAAGUUUGGAUCUGUCUUUCAAUAAAUUUGAGGGCAACAUGCCAAUGGGAGGAGUGUUUGCGAAUACUGGCGCAACAUCGGUUGUGGGAAAUGAGAAGAUUUGUGGGGGUCUACCAGAAUAUCGGCUACCCAAAUGUAAGUCAACCGAUAGAUCAACUAAUGGGAGAGUGAGAAUUGUUCUAAUAUGCACGGUGUCAGGAAUUUUGGCAGCAAUUUUGGUGAUCUCAUUACUUUGUUUCCUCUGGCAUAGGAAACAGAUGAAACAGAGGAAAUCAGUUGCUUCUAGCACCUCAAACGACGGGUAUCUGAAGCUUUCUUAUCAAGACCUACUUAAAGCAACUGAUGGGUUCUCCUCCGCCAAUCUAAUUGGGACCGGUAGUUUUGGAUCUGUGUUCAGAGGGAUAGUUGCUUUGGAUCAGACAAAUAUUGCAGUGAAAGUGCUCAAUCUUGAUCGUCAUGGAGCAUCAAAGAGCUUCACUGCAGAGUGUGAGGCCUUGAAAAACAUCAGGCAUCGGAAUCUUGUUAAGGUACUCACAGCAUGUUCGGGCUCCGAUUACCAGGGCAAUGAUUUCAAGGCCUUGGUAUACGAGUUCAUGUUCAAUGGGAGCUUAGAUGAGUGGCUGCAUCCACCAGUCGGGACCAGUGUAGAGAGAGAGGGCAAACCAAGGCAAUUAGAUCUUGUCCAGAGAGUGAAUAUCGCAGCAGAUGUUGCUUGUGCUCUAGAUUAUCUCCAUCAUCUGUGUGAAACACCCAUAGUGCACUGCGAUCUAAAGCCGAGCAACAUCCUCAUUGAUGGUGAAAUGACUGGCCAUGUAGGUGAUUUUGGGCUGGUCAGGUUCAUGCCAGAAGCCACUAUGGAGAUGAUUUCUGAUCAAACAAGCUCCAUAGGAGUAAAAGGAUCUCUCGGCUAUAUCGCGCCUGAGUAUGGAGCGGGAGCUAGGGUGUCAACUGAUGGAGAUGUGUACAGCUACGGCAUCCUCAUACUGGAGAUGUUCACAGGGAAGAGGCCCACCGAUGACAUGUUUAUUGAUGGGUUGAACCUUCAUUCCUUUGCUAAGGCAGCUUUCCCGAAGCAGGUUCUGCAGAUAAUUGAUCCCGUCCUGCUUGGGGAGAGCCAAGAUAUGGAUGAUGGUCAAUAUAUCAGCAGAACCCGGAGUAGUCACGAGAGCUUCUGUAAGAUUCAAGAGUGUUUAGAAUCUAUCGUGGAGAUAGGAGUGGUCUGUUCUUCCGAAGCUCCAAGAGACAGGAUGAGCAUGCGCAAUGUUGCAGCUGCUGUACAGGCAAUUCGCCAGAAGCUUCACGAAGUUUGAGUAAACUGAAGACAGUCAAAAUGGGAAUCGAUUUGUACGCGUUUGAAGUACUGUGGGAAUCGAUUAGUUUCAUUGGACCAAUGGUUUUGGUAAUGUAAAUUGAAGUACCGGACCAAUGUUUUCCUUACAAGUGAUUUUCUGGUUCUGUAGAUUUUUGUAAUUUCCUAAAUUUAUAUGUGUGAACUCCUUGUUGCGAAAUUACUUGUUUCACAAUAGGCUCUAAUUCGACUCUUAUACACUCUUUUUUUAUCCUCCUAA